UAUCGACCCAGAUGGCGAUGUUCGACCUUCUUCUCGAACGGCCAAACUGUCAGCAACUCACCCCCUACGUUCCCUCCAACGGAUACGACGAGGAAUCUGAGGAUCCUAUAAACGAAACAACAGUCGCUCUUCCCACGCUAGCUGCAAGAUAUCACGUAUUCGAUGAUCUUCUUCCUCCUGCUGAAGCUGAAGGAGAUCUCAAUCCCCUUGGUACAAUAAUCUAUCGCUCAAGAUUCAUCGCCGUCGCAGAAGAGAGCGCUAUCGAAACUCCGAACACUCUCAAGGUCAGGACACCUCUUGAGGGUGAAGUCCGUAUGCGAGUUUCUUCACGACAUCUCACUAUGGCCUCUCACUAUUUUCGCUCCGUGAUCCAAGGGCCCUGGCGCGAGGCAUCAUCGACUUCUUCUUUUUUCGGAAAGCCUCUCCGUCAAGUCACGGCCGUUGGCUGGGAUGUUGUGGCACUUGCUAUCGUUCUUGAUAUCAUUCACGGCCGACACGGAGGUGUGCCUAGCGUCGUCGAUCUUAAGCUGAUGACUUGUCUCGCUACCAUAGUCGAUUUCUAUGGGUGCCAUGAGGUCGUCAAGAUCUUUUCCGAAGCAUGGUAUAAGAACAUCUGUACCGAGUUUGAGGAUGAGUACUCCCGUCAGACUCUGAUGUGGCUAUCUGUUUCUUGGGUCUUCCCCAACCAAGAACCUUUUGACAGAGCGACUCAGACUAUCCUCAAGCACAUGGAUGGCCGCUCACAACUGAGUAUGGAUCAUCCUCCAAUCCCUGGAGUUCUACCCAAGAUUCACGACAAACGACAAGAGCUCAUUGGUAAAAUCGUGACAGGACUUCACGACCUUCUCGACACUCUUCCCAACUCAGACUUUCUCUGCGACUGGCACAAGUACGAGUCUCCGACAUGCUCCUCUAUCGCGCUGGGCAUUUUGAAGCGAGAACUGCAACGUCUCGCAUCAAGUGACCGCCCCCUUGUGCCCCCUUUCAACGGUUGCAGUGUCAUGAGCAUGAUUCAACUGGUCAACGACAUGCCUGAGUCGAUUGCAGCUACGACCGAGGAGUAUGACCACUAUCACGAUGUGUCGGCGUGCAGCGUUAGGGCUAGGAUGAGGCGUUCUCUUUGGAGAUGUCAAGGCUGAGAUAAAUUCCUGGACUCUUGAUUUGAACAUAAACGUUGGAGGUGAUUGAUGACU